GCCGUUGACUUCAUCUCAAACCAGAGCGGCCACUGCCGUCUUACACUACGACUGCAAAUGCACUGACCCCCGACUAGAAUAAACUGCACGACGACGACAUUAUGGAUUCCAGUAUCUCUAAACAGUUGGUGGACAAGAUGUACGAAAAGCGGAAGGCGGCGGCAUUGGAACUCGAAAAGCAGAUACGGGAAUGUCACCAACAGGGGGACCAUCGCAAAAUAAGCCAAAUCAUCGAUCAACUUGUGGAUAUGUUCAGCAAUCCAUCCAAUCCGCUACAGGCCCGGAAUGGCGGUCUUAUCGGUCUUGCAGGAACUGCCAUUGCUCUCGGCGUCGACAUUGCGCCUUAUAUGGACAAGUUUGUGAACCCGUUGCUUGUCUGCUUCACUGAUGCGGAGAAUCGAGUUCGCUAUUUCUCUGCGGAGUGCCUUUACAACAUUGCCAAGGUCUCCAAGGGCGAGAUUCUUGUUUACUUCAACGAGAUAUUUGAUUCGCUAAGCAAGUUGGCUGCGGAUUCCGAACUGUCAGUGAAGAACGGCGCCGAGCUCCUGGACCGACUUCUCAAGGAUAUUGUUGCUGAGACUGCCUCUGUAUACGUACCGCAGUAUCCUGAAACGGAAAAGGCGCGUCGGAGGGCAGAUGAGAAACCUUCAGUGACUGUGGCUGGUGUUCUAGUAACACACCCAGAUGAUAUCGCCAGCGGAGAAGAUAUACACACGGCGCGGAAAGCCUUCUCUUUAGCACACUUCAUUCCGCUGCUCAAAGACCGGAUAUAUGUUCUCAACCCCUUCACCCGAAGCUAUCUUGUUUCUUGGAUCACCGUUUUGGACUCUGUGCCGGAACUGGAACUGAUUUCUUACCUGCCGGAGUUCCUAGAUGGCCUUCUCAAAUAUUUGUCCGACCCAACCGAAGAUGUGCGAAUAGCAACCGAGAACUUGCUCGCUGAUUUCAUACGCGAAAUUGAGGAAGUGACUGCGGUACAGAAGCGGCACGAGGAACAAGCCAGAGCAAAGCGAGAGGCUGAAACGGCCAGUCUACGUACGCGCGGAGGGGAGGUUGAGAAGGACAAACUGCCUGACAUCACUAUGGCACAUGCGGAGCGGGCCACUUUCAUACCGGAGAACGACGAUGUGUCAACAUUUGACAACGACUCAGAUACGCCAAUUGAUGAAAAAGAACCUGAACUUGAUGGACGCGAUCUCGGAGCCUGGGAGCCUGGUCAAGGUGUCAAGAUCGACUACCCGGCAAUCGUCGAAAUCUUGAUCAAGCAACUAGAUGAUCAGCCAGAACACGACGAGAUUCAACAAGCAGUUGCCCUUCGAUGGUUGUCGGAAUUCCUCAAAAUUAUUCCUGAAGUGAUGGUCCCAUUCACACCUCGUUUAAUUCUUGCUAUUCUUCCCAAUCUUGCACGGGAUAUCGCGAUGAUUCAGAAUGCAGCUAUAAAAACCAACCAUCGGCUGUACGGCGUCAUUCAAGCGUUACCUCCACCAGCUGAAUCCUCAAGUCGACAGUCAACGGACAAGACUAGUUCAUCCACACCACCACAGGUGAUGCCCGGUUCCCCGACGCCAACUGUGCCUUCUUUAGGUCACGCGAGGCAUGCGAAGGAUUUUGUUGCUCCAACAAGAGACAUCGGGUCGCCAGAGUCAAAUACUGAUCAUUUACCUCAGGAGCGAGCUUAUGGCACAACGAUACAGCGGCCACGCUCUAGUUUGCCCUUAGACCAAGGUCGAAACAAUACUAUCACACAGGCACAAUUGGAACCGACUCUGAAUCAACCUAGUCGCCCAGCGUCGCCUACAUCCGCCAUCAGUAUUCCUCAUGUACAACAGAGCCCGGAAGCAUCAAUGUUGCAUGACAAGGACAAGGACCAAUUUGAUUAUCAGGCAACGGUGAACGCAUUGACAAUACAGUUUUUGAGUGAUCAUGAAGAGACGAGAGUGGAAGCAUUGAAAUGGCUCAUAAUGUUACAUCAGAAGGCGCCGAAGAAGAUUCUUGCGAUGGACGACGGGCUUUUCCCCGCGCUUUUAAAGACUCUUUCAGACGAGUCUGACGAGGUGAUAAAGCACGACCUGCAGCUUCUCGCACAGAUAUCAUCGAGUUCAGAGGAGAGUUACUUCAAGGCGUUCAUGAUGAAUCUUCUCGAGCUCUUCAAUACCGACAGAGAGCUGCUGAAUAACCGUGGCAGUCUCAUCAUCCGACAACUCUGUCUCAAUCUCACUACGGAGCGUAUAUAUCGUACGUUUGCGGAGAUUUUGGAGAAGGAAGAGGAUCUCGACUUCGCUAGUACAAUGGUACAAAAACUGAAUUUGAUUUUGAUCACGUCCCCGGAAUUGGCUGAGUUUCGUAGAAGACUGAAAAGUCUGGAAACACGGCAGGACGGUCAAGCAUUGUUUACAACACUAUAUCGAUCAUGGUGUCAUAAUGCUGUUGCUGUCUUUUCACUAUGUCUGCUCGCACAAGCAUAUGAACAUGCAUCAAAUUUGCUUUACAUCCUUGCCGAUUUGGAAGUCACGGUGCCACUUCUGGUGCAGGUCGACAAGCUCGUUCAGCUCAUUGAAUCUCCCGUGUUUACCUACCUGCGGCUGCAACUUCUGGAGCCGGAAAAAUAUCCGCACCUAUUCAAGUGUUUAUAUGGUUUACUCAUGCUACUGCCACAAAGUUCUGCCUUCAUUUCUCUUCGGAAUCGACUCAGCGCUGUCAAUUCGGCAGGAUUUCUGCACAUAGCGCCCAACUUAUCGUCUUCCAGGUCAGUGAGCAAUAUAUCUGCCACACGCUCCAAGCUCGGGCGGGAAGAUAUCAAAUGGUCCGAACUGCUGUCGCAUUUCCGAGCUGUUCAGAACAAGCAUGAGAAGUCCCGCCGCCUAGCCCUUGGUACAGACGACGUAUUGCACAUGGUUGAGUUCUCAAGCGGCCCCAGUACUUCAAACGCCAUGCCAACAACGAAUGGGACGACAUCAAGACCUCCGUUGCGACGAAAGGUCACAGGUGGUGAGGCUGCUGUUUCGAAUGUCACAGUAGGCAGACCGCCUUCAAGAGCACUAUCGCCGCUGAAUCCUAGAGCCCGGGGACAGAGUGGAUUAGCGGCUGCAUUGGCUGGGCAGCAACCACCGACUAGCCCCACGUCUUCAACGAGUCAAGCACAACAACAGAAGCCAUCAAAGAGGACACUCAGUCUUAGCCGUAAUAAGUAGACGGUAUGGGAAUUGUAUGCAGCAAGUUGUUAUGGAGGGUUCUGUCUUGAUAGUGCACACUAUUGGUUAAUUCUAUACCCACGAAUUUUGUCCUUCCAUUGGAUUGGUUGCAUCUCUUGAGGAACGCCGAAUUCCGCGCAUACAACUGAGUUGCGCAAGCGCCCAGGCGGCGAACCUACAAUUCAGGGUUUUGAUGUAACGAUGAUGUUGACUCAGUACUUAGUUUGUGCUCACUGCUGAAGACUAUUUACCGGAUUUUCCUCUUC